AUGAAAAACUCAGAAAGGAGUAAUCACUCUGGAUCUGUGAGUGAAUUUAUCCUCUUGGGCUUCCCAGGACCUUGGGAAAUCCAGAUCUUCCUUUUCUCAUUAUUUUCUGGGUCUUACAUACUGACACUGAUUGGUAACAUAUCUAUUAUCUGUGCAGUAAAUUUGGACCAGAAGCUCCACACCCCUAUGUACAUUCUUUUGGCCAACUUCUCUUUCUUGGAGAUCUGCUAUGUCACCUCUACAGUCCCCAAUAUGUUGGCCAACUUUUUCUCUGAGAAUAAGAUAAUCUCCUUCAGUGGCUGCUUUCUCCAGUUCUAUUUCUUCUUUUCAAUGGGCACAACAGAAAGCUUUUUCCUGUCAGCCAUGGCUUAUGAUAGGUAUCUUGCUAUCUGCCAGCCCUUGCAUUAUCCCACUGUCAUGACUCUACAAAAAUGCAAAAAAAUGAUUUGUUGUUGGGUAUGUGGUUUUUUCUGUUACCUCCUUCCAGUUUACCUCAUAUCCCAACUGCCUUUUUGUGAUCACAAUACAAUUGACCACUUUAUUUGUGACCCAGGACCUCUUAUUAGACUAUCCUGUAUUCCAGCACCUGCCACUGAAAUCAUAUGUUCUGUCUUUAAUUCAGUCCUCAUCUUCUCUACCUUCCUCUUCAUUACAAGCUCAUAUACAUUGUUAAUCAGAGUUGUGCUGAAGAUCCCCUCAGCAGAAGGUCGGCGUAAGGCAUUCUCCACAUGUGGCUCUCAUUUGGCAGUGGUGUCACUGUUCUAUGGUUCCAUUAUGGUAAUGUAUGUGAGUCCAACAUCUAGAAAUCCAGCUGGGAUUCAGAAGAUUGUGACCUUAUUCUACUCUGUGUUGACUCCACUCUUCAAUCCAUUGAUCUAUAGUCUCCAGAAUAGAGAAAUGAAGGCAUCCCUGAAGAAAGUCUUUGGAAGUAUGAAAUUUGAACAACAUGUAUGA